UUAGAAUGUUAAAACUAAAAAAUCUUUUUAGAAUUUUAACAAUUUUCUCUGUAUGGUGUUUAUCAAAAGCAGACGAAGAAACAAACGAGGAGUUAAGUUGGUCAAAUCUUAGUUUUCUUACUAGCCAACAAACCGAGAAGAAAGAGGAUCAAACGCAAGAUGCAUUUGACACCAGACCCUACAUGCUGGAGUCAGCUGAAUAUAGUGAAGACGACCUUCAGACUAGAAGAAGACGCAAAACAAAUUUGAGAAGAAGACGACCUGAAUACUCCGAUUACUCUUCUAAUCUCAACACUCAGAUUGAGGAUCAAACCUAUUAUGAGAGAGUUGAAGAUAAAGAAUUUGCCCCUUCUCCCAGCAUGGAAGUAUCAUCAUCAGACCUAUCUGCAUCUUACCAAGCUCCAUCAUCUGGAUACGAAACUCCAUCCACCAGUUACAAAGCUCCAUUAUCUGAUUAUGAACCACUAUCAUCCAGUUAUUCAUCUUAUUCUAAACCAUCCUACAAGGGAAAGGGAAAGGAUAAAUUCAACAAUUUUCUAAACGCCCUGGCGGCCUUCCUUCCAAUCGGUCUCUUCCUGGCUGCUAUACCACCAAACCUGAUCGUGAUCAACUCUGCACGUAAAAAGAGGGAAACUGAUUUAAAUGAGAUAGAAGAGGAAUAUUCAUAUCCCCUGAUGACUAAAAUAGGGAGGAUAGGAUAUACUGGACUCAAGAAUACCGGUUGUCAAAAAAGAUUUCUCUGUGAACUGGCAAACCUGGGAAGUACAGCUGAGGCUAACAGUAUUCAAAAGUUUGCAGCCUUCGCCGCUGCUUCAACACCGGAUGUGUUUGCAGAUUAUUUGCAAGCAAAAGAAGUGUUUCAAGCAGUAAGAGUGCAACAGUGUGAUAGAUUUGAAUGCAAAGGAUUCUGAAGAGUUUAGUUAUUGUCAAUCUAAAGAAAUAUUGAAAAUAAAAAUUUUAAGCUGUAAA